UUUUGGUAUUCGGAAAUUCUUUUCUUCUGUAAAGAUUCUUGUCUUUUCUUCAACAUUUGCUUUUUCCUUUUUCCAUUUUAGCUGAAUUUGAAGGAAAAGUUGUUGAGUUUUAUGGUAGGAGUUCUAGAAUGAAGGUUUGGUUUUGAAUUAUCGCAAUUGGUGUGUGGUGUUUACACAUGCAACUAGGUUUACUUUUGAUAAGGUGGAAGAGUUGGCUAGCAUGGUGGAGCUAUGGAAGUUGAAAAAUAUCUUAUCUUGGAGCUGAAUUGACAUCUUUUAUGUUAUUGCUAUAGUGCCGAGCCAGUGAAAUGAAAGGAUCUUUUGUAUUCGGAGAUUUUUAGCAUCUGUUGUUGAAUUUCUUGAGUGCUGAAGUGAUAUCAUUUCGCUGAGCAAAGCAGAAGUUCUCCCUCUUGACAUGUUUAUUUUCUCAUUGUUGAUAACUAUGAUGUUCGGGCCAGCUUUUAUGCACCUCGAUUGAUUCAAGGAAUGCCUGCCUCCUCCCAUCAACAACAGGCUAAAGGCGUCCUAGUUCAAGCUUAGUUCACAAAACCAUUACAGUGACAUAUAGUCAGAUAUUAUAUUGCUGUGGCAGCACAAUGGACCCAACAACUGGAGGAAACAACCUCAAUAACAAUCCUGGUCUUGCUUCAAAGCAGCGGUUGCGUUGGACCCAUGAGCUACAUGAACGUUUCGUUGAUGCGGUCGCACAACUUGGUGGCCCAGACCGGGCUACACCUAAAGGUGUUCUUAGAGUCAUGGGUGUGCAAGGGUUAACAAUUUACCAUGUAAAAAGCCAUUUACAGAAAUAUCGGCUUGCUAAAUACCUUCCAGAUUCGUCAUCCGAUGGGAAACAAUCUGACAAGAAAGAAUCAGGAGAUAUGCUUUCCAGUUUGGAUGGUUCAUCGGCUGGUGUGCAGAUAAAUGAGGCUCUAAAACUGCAGAUGGAGGUACAAAAGCGACUUCACGAGCAACUGGAGGUUCAAAGACAGCUACAACUUAGAAUUGAAGCACAAGGGAAGUACUUGAAGAAGAUAAUAGAAGAACAACAGCGGAUCAGUGGAGUUCUCUCAGAAGUUCCUGUUUCUGGGGUCACUCCUUCAGCAGCAGGUGACAAUAGUUUAGAUUUCGAUAACCGGACUGAUCCAGGGACUCCUGCACCAACAUCUGAGUCUCCUCACAUUGAUACGUCUGUACAAGAACAUGCCCGUUCCAAGAGCCCUUCUAUUGAUCAAUCAUUCUCCUCGCAACAUGAGCCUCUUACUCCUGAUUCUGGUUGUCGUGAGACUUCGCCAAUAAAUAGCUCUGAAGGUGAAAGGUCAUCAAAAAAACAAAGGGUGGGCACAAGUGUCACAUUUACUAAAGCAGAUAUGCUACUUCCGCACCAGAUAUUGGAGUCGAGCUUGAGCUCACCAUACCAGCAACCAAAUCCUGUUUUCCUGGCCAGCGGCCAAUUCAAUCUCUCAUCAGGAUUGUCUCUUGGCAGUGAAGGACCAAAAGUUUCUGGAAACGACAUAUAGUUACUCUAUGUGCGACAGGACUUCAAUUCAGCUACUAUUAUGUAGUGUGAAAAUAUAUGUUUUCAUUUGGUCACAGAAGCUACUUUGCUUACUGAAUGUGCUCAUGUAGUACUACUUUACAGCUCUUUUUUAGUGACACUCUUAACGUUAGUUCAUUUUCUUUUAUCAUUUAGAGGUUUGAAGUUCUGAA